CAUCUUCUGCGCCUCUGGCCGCAGUAACUUCCCUGCAUUUACGCUCUCGUAGAGGAAGAGCAUCGACGGUGUUUGUUUGGCCUUCUGAAAUCAUUCGUGGAGAGAGAAUCGAUUUUCUUUUUUAAAUGGUAGCCAUGAAGGAGACUCUGGAAAGUAGAGAUCAUUGUUGAUUGGAUAAUAGAAUCACCAACUGCCUAUCAGACCGAUGCGUAUAGAGAUGCCAGUUUGGGUUCAUCCAAAGUGUCUCCUUCUCUUCGUUGUCCUCUUCAUUUUUCUCAUUUUCACUUUCAUUACUCCUAAAAAGGAUGAAGAAAAGGUUGAAGAGGUGUAUGAGAUCACCCAUAGAGUAUACUUGGAUAUUGAUAUUGAUGAACAGCGUUUAGGUAGAAUUGUUAUUGGAUUAUAUGGCCAGGUUGUACCAAAAACUGUAGAAAAUUUCCGGGCUUUGUGCACAGGGGGAAAGGGAAAAAGUAAAAGUGGGAAAGUUCUUCACUAUAAAGGAACACCACUUCAUCGUAUAGUAUCUGGGUUUAUGAUUCAAGGUGGUGACAUAGUUUAUGGUGAUGGGAGGGGGAGUGAUUCUAUAUAUGGAAACACUUUUGGGGAUGAAAAUUUUAAGAUAAAGCAUUCACAUGCAGGCGUUGUUUCCAUGGUGAAUUCAGGAUCGGAUUCCAAUGGCUCACAGUUCUUUAUCACCACUGUCAAGGCCAGCUGGUUGGAUGGAGAACACGUAGUAUUUGGUAAGGUUAUUCAGGGAAUGGAUACCGUUUAUGCAAUUGAAGGUGGGGCAGGGACCUACAGUGGCAAACCCAGAAAGAAAGUUGUUAUUGCUGACUGUGGAGAGAUACCCAAGGGCAAGUGGGACGAGGAAAGAUGAAGCUUCUCAUCAAGUUAACAAGUUUUUCUAUUUUGGGUUUGCUAAUUUAAAUCAUAGAUAAUUUACUUCUGUUGAUUUUGUAUAAUGGCCUUGAAUCUUCAUUUUUCUUGAUUUAGUUCCUAGGCUUUUUCCUGGAAAUAUUCUGUAUUUCCUUUUCUUUUUUUUCAUUUGUAGAGUUUCCAAAACACCCAAAUUUGGAUUACCAAUUGCUAAGUUAAAUAUUGUGUAUAAGUUAAAACACCCAAAUUUGUUUCUUAUUA